ACGUGCGCUGUCCCCACUUCCCUUCAGAGCUCCCCAGCUCUGCCUUUUGGGGGUCUCGGGGGGCUCCGGCCUUGGGGGGUCCUGGGGAGCAGCCGCCCCGUGAGUGGGGUCCCACCCCGAGGGGGGUCCCAGCGCGGGUUUGGCCCCGUCCCACCCGUGGAGGUGACACCGGGGACAGAAGAUGGCGCCGGGGCUGACGCGGACCCUGCUGCUCUUCCUCCUCUUCCCCGCGCGAGCCUGGGCAGGAGAGCCCCAAACCUCGCAGGUGACCGGAGCCGUGGGGGGGGUGGCGCUUCUGAACCCCCGCAGCCCCCAAAACCCCUCAAAAUAUUCCCAAAUCCAUUGGCGCUGGGAAAACGAGCUGAGAAUCGCCAGCUGCAGGCCGGGGGAGCAGCCCAGCUACCCCCGGAGCCGCUUCUGGGGCCGCCUGGAGCUCCUGGAGAACGCCACGCUCCGGGUGAGCCCGCUGGGCCUGGCCGACAGCGGCGAGUACCACCUGUACCUGGAGGAUGACACGGGCAGGGAGAGCGUCGAGAAGGUCCGGCUGAAGGUCUAUGCUCCCGGAGGGCGUUGUGACAUCCCGGCCUCUCCUGCAGACCUGGUCCCGAAGCCCCACGUGGUGGCCACCACCAACGGUGACCCUUGGCAGUGCAACGCCACCCUGAGCUGCUCUGUGGGCCUCCAAGAGGUCACCUACGAGUGGAUCACACCCCAGAAGCCCCUGAUGAAGGAGGGCCCGGUCCUGAAGGUCUCCUUCAACCCCGUGGUGGAAACCUACGUGUGCAAGGUCAGCAACCCCGUGUCCUCCAGCAACGCCUCGCUGACCUUCCACCACCCCUGCAGCUGGACAGACGAGUCCUCGUCCGUCGCCUGCGCCACGCCCAGCGGCCGGGUGGCCCUGGGAGCCUUCGUCCUCCUCUUCCUCCUGCUCAGUGCGGCCUGAGGGCCCCGCGGGCGACACCUCCGCUCACCUCCUCCCCUUCCACCACCACGGGGCCGGCGCCCGGACCCGGAUCCCGAAAUCCUCCAGGCACGGAAAGCCACAGCUGCGCCAGGGAACGGAGUCCCGGAAUUGCUCCGUUCCCGGUUCAUUUGGAAAUCCUCCCGUCCCCCGCCCCAAAAUCUGCACGGAGACCAAAUCUGAGCCUGUCCUGGGGUUUCCUGGGAUUUUGGGGGGGUCCUCCUUUGGCGCUCCCUGCGAGGGAGGGUUUGGGGCCGGUUUUGGCUUUCCCAAAAGUUUGUUUACACAUUAAAUUCCAUCCUGAACACCGC